ACGAAAUAACCAAAAGGUGGCAGUGUUGCGCAUUACACAGAUUGCGAGUUUGAUCGUCAACAGUCGAGGAAGACGGGAGACGCUCAUGAAUGAACGCACUUCGAAAAAUGAGACAACAUAAAGCGACGUUGAAGGUGUCCGGUUAGAGGGCGUCGGGUCCCGAGGGAGGAGACCGAAAGGCCUCGGCGGGCCAUGGAGCUGUCGGACGGCUUGCUGCUGCAGGUCAACAACGGCGAGCGCUGGUGCAACCGAUGGAAGCGACCCAACGACGACUCCGACCGCAGCACCAGCCCGUCAGUCCUGCGCUGCGUGGCCAGCACGUGGAAGGAGGGGCUGCUGAACAGGAAGAGGCCGUUCGUCGGCCGCUGCUGCCACUCCUGCACGCCGCAGAGCUGGGAGAAGCUGUUCAACCCCAGCAUCCCGUCGCUGGGCCUGCGUAACGUCAUCUACAUCAACGAGACCCACACCAGGCAGCGCGGCUGGUUGGCGCGGCAGCUGAGCUACGUGCUGUUCGUCAUGGAGCGGGACGUUCACAAGGACAUGUUCCCCCGGAACGUGGUGGAGAAGGUGCUCAACAGCCGCAGCGUGGAGAGCGCCAUCGCCAGCGUGGCCUCCGACUUGGACGCCGGCCACGACAAGUCCGUCACCAAAGUCAAGCAGAAAGCCCGACGCUUCCUCCAGCAGAUGGUGGCCAGCGUCUCGCCGGCCUUCAUCAGACUGACGGGCUGGGUCCUCCUCAGGCUCUUCAACGGUUUCUUCUGGAGCAUUCAGAUCCACAAGGGGCAGCUGGAAAUGGUCAAGAAAGCAGCGGCAGAGCACGACGCUCCCAUGGUCUUCCUGCCCGUGCACAAGUCCCACAUCGACUAUCUGCUCAUCACGCUGAUCCUCUUCUGUCACAACAUCAAAGCGCCGCACAUCGCCGCCGGCAACAACCUCAGCAUCCCCAUCCUCAGCACCCUGAUCCGUAAGCUGGGAGGAUUCUUCAUACGCCGGAAAAUGGAGGAGUCGGGGGAUGGCAAGAAAGACAUUUUGUACAGGACGCUCUUGUAUGCUUACACGGAGGAGCUGUUACGUCAGCAGCAGUUCCUGGAGGUCUACCUGGAAGGGACGCGGUCCCGCAGCGGCAAGCCGUCCCCGGCGCGCGCCGGCAUGCUGUCCAUCGUGGUGGACGCGUUGCGCGCGGGCUCCGUCGGCGACGUGCUGGUGGUGCCGGUCGGCAUCUCCUACGACCGCAUCAUCGAGGGCAACUACAACAGCGAGCAGCUGGGCAAGCCCAAGAAGAACGAGAGCUUGUGGGGGAUCGCGUGCGGCGUGUUCCGAAUGCUGAGGAAGAACUACGGCUGCGUCCGUGUGGACUUCAACCAGCCGUUUUCCUUAAAGGAGUACCUGGACAGCCAGAGAAGCCGCCACGUGGCGCCCCCGGUGUCCCUGGAGCACGCUUUGGUUCCCGCCAUCAUCGAUGCGCAGCCCGACGCUCAGCCGUUCGAGGGUCAGAACGACGACGACGACGAGGAGAGCAGAGAGCUUCCCGAAGACCUGUGCCGCCGCCAGCUCAUUAGCAACCUGGCCAAGCACGUUCUUUUCACGGCCAACAAGUCGUCCGCCAUCAUGUCCACGCACAUCGUGGCCUGUUUGCUGCUCUACCGACACCGACGGGGCGUGGCGCUGUCCAAGCUGGUGGAGGACUUCUUCAACAUGAAGGAGGAGGUGCUGUCGCGCGACUUCGACCUGGGCUUCUCGGGCAACUCUGAGGACGUGGUGAUGCGCGCGCUGCACCUGCUGGAGAACUGCAUCGCCGUCACCGGCGGCGCCAACCGCAACGGCGAGUUCACCAUCGCGCCCGGCCAGACGGUGCCGGCGCUCUUCGAGCUCAACUUCUACAGCAACGGCCUCUUCCACGUUUUCAUCGCCGACGCCAUCGUGGCCUGCAGCAUCCUGUCCCUGCGGCGAGAGCAGGAGGCGGAGUCGGAGGCGGAGUCCGCGCGACGACCCCCGAGCGCCCCGGCCGCCGACUUGCCGCUCAGUCAGGAGAAGGUCAUCCGCAAGGCCGCCGGCCUCUCGCACUUCCUGGUCAACGAAGUCGCCGUGGCCUCGCCCUGUCAGACCCUCUACCAGGUCUUCCACGAGGCCGUGACCCGCCUGAUCCAGUACGGGGUCCUCUACGUAGCGGAGGAGGACCAGGAGGAACUGAGCCCAAGUCCCACGGAAGAACCUUGGCCCAAAAGGUUCCCCGAGCCGCUCUCGUGGAGGAGCGACGAGGAGGACGAGGACAGCGACUUCGGAGAGGAGCAGCGAGAUCGCUACCUAAAGGUGAGCGCGUCGGCGGAGCACCAGGAGUUCUUCGUGUUCCUGCAGCGGCUCCUCGGCCCCGUGCUGGAGGCGUACAGCGGCGCCGCCAUCUUCGUGCACAGCCUGAGUCGGCCCGCCGCCGAGCCCGAGUACACGCAGCGGCUCUUCCGAUACCUGCUGACGCGCACACACAGGAAAAUUGCCGCUUACGGUGAAAGCGCAACUCACUACCUGGUGAAGAACACAGUGAAGACAUUCAAAGAUCUCGGGGUCCUCAAGGAGCGACGAGAGAACGGCGUGAGCACGCUGGAGCUGAGCGCCACCUUUCUACCUCAGACCAACCGCAACAAACUGCUGCAGUACAUUUCAGGCUUCACCCUGCUGUGACCCCGAAAUCGAACCUGUAACCCCCCCGCCCACCACGCCCAGGUCGCUUCAGGCUCCCUUUCCCGACAUAAAGGGCUUCUUACUGGUUACUAUGACGAAUAACGAUUCCAGGUGCUACCAGGAAGUGCCUUCUUGUCAAAAAAACAAACAAACAAACAAAAAAAGACCCUCUCCUUUCACCGUAGCGUUACAUAUCCAUAACUUUGUAUUAUUAUCAAUUGACGGGAAGCGAGCGAGCCAUGGAGCACCGCAAACAAGAGCGCUGUUGUUUAUUCUUACUACGUACACAUCAGAUUGCAGCUGUGAAGACAAAUAAUACUGAUUUUUGUUUUGUUUUUUUAAAGACAUACUUCCACACAACAGGUCUAAAAAAUUAGAUUUUUUUUCCCAGCUUUGCUUAUUAAGAAAAAAUUGUAGGAAAAUGCUGUAAAAGUGCAGGAGGUGUGCGUGGCAGGUCCUAGCAGAGGAGUUUUACCGUAAUUCCCGGCCUACGGAGCGCACCUGGUUGCAAACUUCAUCGAGUACAUUUGUAAAGGAAAUACCAUUUGGUACGUACAUACAUACUCCGCACCCGUGUACAAGCCGCAGGUGCCCACGUUGAAAAUAUUUACAAAGAAAGAUGGUACAGAGAAAGAGUUUUACGCUAGCGCUAACGCCGCACUACUGCUAGCGGGGCCGGUGUGACGGUCUGAGCGCUCCCCCGUGCUGAAAAGUCCCCUAGUGAUUAAUGCGCAUGCGUUACUAAACGGGGAACUCUGGGUACGUAGCAGACGCUUACUGGGAAAUCACCCGGUCUCAUAGUUCCCCUUCUUCUACGAAAAGGGAGCUAGCAUACGUUAUAACUUUAACCUAACCUUCAAACAAAAGUUGAUCAAAAGAUAUACACAUAUGCAUUCUUACCUUUUCCGGCCGAGCGCCCCCUUGCGGCCGUUAGAAAAAGAAAUGCACAAAUUAGCCGCAUCGCAGCAUAAACGGCAGUGUGAAAAAAGUCGCGGCUUGUAGGCCGGAACUUACAGUAAAUACUUCUUCUCAAACGUCGAUGGUUAUUUCAUCUUUCAUCAUAACUGCAUGCGCUAUUGCAGAUUUACGAAUGAAAGUGAUGUAUGGAAGGAUGGCAGCAUGUCAAAGGAUUAAAAAAAAAAAAAAAGAAAGAAAAAACUUGUAUGUGAACGAAUUGGAAUGAGGCUUGCUGACAUUUUGUGAAUUUCAAGCCUCUGCGUGUACUGUGCUGUACUGCAUGUUUGCGCUCAUGGACACUUUACUGUAGAAUCGGUGUUGUAUUUAUUUAACGGUCCCAAUUGUGUGAAUUAUGCCGAGGAGAGCGAGUACCGCUGAAUGUACGGCGGCGUCGCGAUUGUCGUAAAACUCGAUCGGGCGUAAAAAAUUAAUAUAUAGCAUAUGGUACGGAAUGUGAGAGAAUGAACAAAUGUGCACAUAGCUGUGUAGGGUUAAAAAUGCCUGUAUCAUGGGAGCAGGUGCCUUUUUUUAAAAAAAAAAAACAAACACUGUGUUAGUCUUUUAUCUGUAUUUUUAUGCAUGUUAACAUUUCAGAAUCAUAAAGAAAAAUACUAAUAAGACAAAGAGAAUCACCAGCGUCUCCUAAUUUUUUUUUUUUUGUUUUCUUUCUCAGAGCAAAGCACAAAUGUCAUUGUUAGGUUUGUAAAUAAAGUAAUGAUAGAUGUUUGACAGGGGGCAGGGGGGGGGGGUCUUGAUUCGUUUCUUGCGCUGCUAAAUGACGAUUUGACGCGAUGACGGAAAAUUGGUGUGUUCUGUUAUUUCGGACUUUGUGAAAUCAGACAAGUUCCAGUCCCAAAUGUGCAUGCGUGGCUAGUCGCUCUCUUUGUGGCUGGAUUUUUUUGUCAAUAUUCUUGGUUUUGUUUUAAGAGACUGGGACUGGCAUUCUAACUUGACAGAGUAGUCGUGUCUUGUAAAUAUCAUUCUCGGGAGGGUAUUGAAACACUUGCAAACGUCCGAUCUUUUAGUCUUUUCUACUAUACAACCAGUUUCUUGUGUUCAAUAAACAUGGAUGGCUGUUGAGUGUA